AUGCUCCUGAGCUCGCUCUACAUCCUGGAUAGUUGCCAAGAUUUGACUUCUCAUCACAUCGGAAGCACGGUGGAUCUGUCUGAAAACGGCGACAAGUUCCGUUCUUCACGAAUCGGGCAUCUCAGUCUUGCUCCGAGCAUGGUUCAUCCUAGCCAAACGCUUGAUAUGCUAUAUGCGCUACUUCGAAAGAGAGUGGUAUUACGAUAAGACAACGCUUUUUUGUAACACAGGCACAACCAGAGUAACGAC